AUGAAAAGAUUAACUAAUGAUAUAAUAGAUGAUAAUAAUUCAAAUUCUGGACUUAAGAUACAGAAAUUAGAAGAUGGAAAUAGAAAUAAUGAGACUCUAAGUAUUAGAGAUGCAUGUGAUAUUGCAUUAUUAUGGACAUCUGCUAAAGUUUCAAUUGGUGAAAAAUUAUUCGUUAGAUGGAUUAUAAGUAUUGAAUCUAAUAAAUCAAAUGGGAAUGAGGAUGAUGUUGAUGAAGAAGAUGUAUUUUGGUGGCCUUGUAAAGUAUGCUUUAAUGAUAAUGUUGAGAGAGAUUCUAAAGGAAGAAGAAUUUGGUACUUAGAAUAUGAUGAAAUUAAAGGUUUUAAAUCUGAUAAAUGUAAAGUCAUAUUUGAAAAUAAUGAAAGAGUUAAACAUAUAGACUAUGAAAAUAUUUCAUUAAGAUUUCUUCGUGAGUCAGAUAAUCAAGAAUUAAGAAAAAAAAUAGAUAUUGAAGAGGAUGAAGAGUUUAGGGAUUCUAAAAUAGAAGAUAUUGAAAUAUCUCUUGAAGAGAUUUUAAAAGCAGAAGAUCAAUAUGUAGAUUCUAAUGGUGAUAACUCCAAUGAAAGUAAUAAUUUAAUGAACCUAUUUAAUGUAUUACCCCAUGAAAAAAAGAUUAGCUUAGCUCUUGGAUAUAGACAAUUUGCUGAUAAAUUUCUUGAAUUUUUACACAAAAAGAUUGGAAAGAAUAGUAAUAAUACAACAAUAAUAACAAGUCUUGAUAUCCAAGAAUUUAUAAGAAAUUUAGGUUUAGAAGAUCAUUUAAAUAAUAAAGACAAAUUUAAAUGA